AUGGAUAUCGCAGGUCUGAGGCUUUCACAUUCAAAAGUAAAAUUUAUUGGUAUUGAACCGCGAGGAAUAUACCGGACUACAAUUACCUUGCAAAAUAUCAGCAGUACCUCCAAAAUGGUUCACAUCCGCACAACAAAGCAUAAGCUCCAGUACAAUAUACAACUUUUUAGCCUCAAACUCAUUGUCAUCAUCCUUUUCAUGGAUGGCCUGACUCUUGUCUUCCAUGGUGAUUCCUCUUCUGCUGACAAAAUUGUACAGAACUUAUUCAGGAUCAUUGUGAAGAAACAUGAAAAUAAAAUUGCGCCUGGAGUACAGAUUUCAGCAAUUAUACAAUAUUCCACAAAUAAAAGAGAAGAUGCAAAAGAUGAAUGCAUUAUAACUGUAGAUGAAAAUUUUAUUAAGAUCCCACUAUUUGCAUUUGUUUCUGCUUGUGAUCUUAGUAUUGAUCCAGAAGUUGAUUUUGGCACUGUGGCAGCCAAUAGUAAAGUUCUUUCCAUGGAAGUAAAUGUUCUGAAUCAUGGAACUCUCCCAGGCCAGUUUCUUAUUGUGGAUAAAGGCAAUCUGCCUUUUAUGAUCAUUACACCCAAGAGUGACAUUGUUUUGCCUGACACACAGCAAUUAGUCAAAAUUGAAUUGUGUACAGUCCGCCCUAUGGUCCUUGAUACAACAGUCCUGGUGAAGUUGGAAGAUGCUGAAGACGCUACUCUGAAAAUUAAAGCAAAUAUAGUUGAGCCAUUUCUGGAACUUCUUGAUUUUUCUGGCCAGAAGCUUGAAUGUAUUCAGUUUGGUGGUACCUAUUAUGGAACCUCAAAGCAGCAUCAAGUUAUUUUGUACAACAACAGCCCUGAAGCAAUUAACUGGGUGACUGUGAUGGAAAACAAUGCUGUUGGAUCUGAAGUGGGUACAGAACUAUCCUUGAGUGCCGAUGCAGUUUUGGCAAAUAGAGGGGUAGACAAUCCCAGGCCAAGUGCUUUUACAUCUGCUCUGAUUCUGUGUCAACCUUGCCAAGGGAUUCUAUAUCCAUAUGACAAAACCAUUGUUACUCUGUGCUUCAGUCCAAAGGAAAUUGAAAAAAAGGAUCAAAUGGCAGAUUACAAAGAAUAUGCCCUUUAUGUGAGAUUUGAGGCCAUGGGCAGCUGCAAUGGCUUUAUGCAGAAGUCAUCCACUGGAAGCUAUGAACAAAAAGAUAAGCAGCAAGUUGAGUUAGCACUCACCGGAACUGGGUUUCCUGUCAGCUUAAACAUCAGUCCAUCGACAGAAUUUGAUUUCAAGGAAUGUCUUGUUGGUGAAAAAGUGUAUGUGAGGACUACUAUUCGAAAUGACUCGCCAUUCCUUCCGCUCUUCUUUCAGUUCCCUAAGAUAGCACAUUUUCGGGUCACUCCUGCAAAAGGAAAGAUGAAACCUGGACAGUCAAAGGAUGUUGUCAUCUGCUUUGCUGCUCAGCAACUUGGCACCUUUAAAGUAAAUCAAGCGAUAGAGUUUUUUGGAUUAGUAAUGCUUCCAGACAGCCCAAUAACAUUGACAAUGCAAUCAUUUCACCAAAUAAAAAUUCCUUUAGUAGGUGUUUGCAAAUACACCACGAAGAAACUGGAACCAAAAUCGAUUCCUCCAAAUGCGAACAACUAUGCUGUAAAACAAAGGAUAGAGGAUUCAAUGGUGGCUGAAUUUCAAGGUUGGCCAAAUAUUAGACGAAGAUUCGAAUACAAAGAUGGGGUUAAUGACAAGAAGUGUGAAUAUAAUCGUAACCCUAGCCAAUUUGAGAGUCGGGACAAAAAGCGUGCCUGGGACGGUGAUCGUAGGCGUUUGAACCUGAAAAAUGACCAGAGAAUGGAUUUCUGGUUAUUAGCAAUCCAUUUUGGGUUGAUUUUUGACCUGAAUUGGGCAGAUGGAGCAAUGAUGGGGGUUGCUAGUGCCCCAGAGAUAACUCCUACUGUCACCAAAGAACUUGGACUGCUGGCUCAGGACACAAUUGAUCAAAUAAUCAAAUACAAUGAUUCAUGUCCUGUUACACUCCUUAAUGGCUGCAAAAGCAUGGUCGAUAGUCAAAAUACAAACAAGAAUUUAGAAAACAAUGCACUUGUUUCAAUUCCCGAUGGCAGACCUGGAAGUAUCAGACCCAGCAACAGAAAUGAAAAAUCCAUGGAAAAUAUCAGGAAAACCCUUAAGUAUGCAAAAGGUGUAUCAAUGGAAUAUAUGAAUACCCUGGAGGCCGAGGAUAUUGAGGAAGCGUUUAACAUUGAUAACAAUGCUCCCAUUGUCCAUCCUUUUACUGACUGUGAGAUUGCAGUAGUGGUAAAUGGGAAGCUUUUAGUCAUGGAUGUUGACACUGGAGCAUCGACCACAAUGGUGGGAGAACACAUCUUUAAAUACCUAAGCGAAGAUACCCAGCCACUGAAUCUGGAGCAAACCACGGCUCAGACGUACAUUGGAGAGGCAAUCCAGGUGAGAGGCAUCACCUCUGUACCUGUUUCCUGCAGGCAACAGACAGACCAGCUGCCAGUGAUUGUUGUAACAGGUGAAGGACUUAGCCUUCUGAGCCACAAUUGGUUAAAAGAAAUUAAGCUCAAUUGGUCAAAGUUUCAAGUUAGGACAGGAGGAAUUUCAAAGCUAUUUGACCGCAUAUUCCGUGAUGAGUUGGGAAAGCUAAAAUGCCCAAAAGCAAAAGCAUAUGUAGAUUCAGAGGCGACAACCUGGUUCUUUAAGGCCAGAGCUGCGCCUUACGCCCUAAAGGAGAAGGUGUAUGCAGAAUUUUGCUGCUUCGAGAAUAAAGAAAAGAAACAGUACACUUACGUGGAUCCUCAGUAUGCUUACAAUGAAGACGAGGUAGCAACAAUGAAAGCACAUAACAAAUAUUAUGAAGAUUAUAUUCAGCAUCUAAGGUUGCAUCGCUUGCAAAAGCAGGAUCGUAGAGAAUUUGAAGAGUUUAACAAUGCAUUAGAUAUUGGUAUGAGGCCAGCAGAAGGACUGUGCUCUCCGUUUCCUGAAGUCAGGCCCUAUAUCCUGACGAAUAGACUGCCAAAACCAUGUUCUGCAAACUCACCUCCUGGAUUACUUAGAGGCAAAGACUCCAAUCUAGUUGAAAGACCGGGACUGGCAUGUAAUGACCAAGGUUCCAUGGGCACAAGUGACCAAUUGUUAAAAGCAAGGGACGGUCUUAAUGCUGUUCCAUCUUCGCUUCAAGAGGAGAAGGAUUGCAGUUUGAUUCUGACACCUCAGCAGCUUCACCACAUAUCCAUUGGCCCAACGACAAUUGACUUUGGAACAGUUUGUGUACAUUCAACAUCUAAGCAGAAUUUGAAUAUUGUAAACAAUUUACCAAUCUACAUUCUAAUUGAAGUGACUACUAAUUAUCCAGAGCUCCGAGAAUCUAGCCCUUUAUCACAGGUGAUUCCACCAAUGUCUGCAGCUUAUCUACCAAUAAUAUUUGAAUCUACAUCAGAGGGAGUUUUUCAGAAGUCAAUUGCCUACACGAUAAACAACAGCCAUACUGGUCAUGUAUUAAUACUGGCAGACGUGGUUUGUGUUGCUCUUGAAAUGUCGAGCAAUGAGCUGGUGCUGACCCAAAACUACGAGCUUUUGGCAGAAUCAGGCUUCAGAACAACAGUGCGGCUUUAUAACAGGAGGAACCACCCUGCUCAAUUCAGUUGGAGUCCGAUAGUCUCAGAUGAAGGAAUCGCAUUCUUCAUCCGACCUGACGGAGGCAUUGUGGAAGCAUUCAAUGAUCUGGAAUGUGAAGUGGUCUGGCAUGCAUCAUAUUUUUCCCCUAAGGAAGGAGAAUUUGAUCUUAUUGUGCAUCAUGGAAACAAAAUCAGAUUGAAGUGUGUUGCUAAGCUUGGCCAUGUGAAUAUUCGUUUUGCUGAGAGCCGCCUGCUUUUUAAGGCUGCUCCUUGGAAUUUAGUUACCAUGAAGACAGCCAUUCUUAAAAAUUAUGGACAAUAUCAUGCUUACUUUAAGGUCAAAAAUGUGCAUCCUGUGCCUGGAAUGACUGUAAUUCCUGCUUAUGGGAUUGUACCUGUUGGGGGUCAUGUGCAUUUCAAAAUUUUCUUCCACCCAACUACAGUGUUCAAAUUUGAUACCAGAAUAAAGGUAAACAUUCGUAAUUCAAACCUAUUGAAACUACGGGUGGGUGGAUCAGUGAUACGACCAGUGGCUGAAAUUGAUGUGAAAUGUUUUGUGUUCCAUGGUGUUUACCGUGGUUCUACCAGCAUGAUUCCAUUCACUUUACUGAAUCUAACCGUAUCACAAAUCAAGCUUGAGUUUGACCUCUCUAAGUACAAAGAUUUCGCACUGAAGUUUGAAGCCUCUGCAGAUGCAAGGCAAGAUUUGUUGAAUCCUCAAUUGUAUGUUGUGACUCUAGGAGGGAAAGAGAGUAUAAAGUGUGAAUUAUUAUUCAGUCCUAUUAAUGUGAUGAAGCAGGUCCACCCGGACACCGGCAUCUCCUCCAAGGCCAUGAGCAUCAUGAACUCGUUCGUCAACGACAUCUUCGAGCGCAUCGCGACCGAGGCUUCCCGCCUGGCCCAUUACAACAAGCGGCAGACCAUCAGCUCCCAGGAGAUCCAGACCGCCAUGCACCUGCUGCUGCCCAGGGAGCUGGCCAAGCACGCCGUGUCAGAGGGCACUAAGGCGGUGGCAUCCUAUGAUUUUAAUCUACCCGUCAUUAUGAAUGGUGGUACAUCACCAUCUCCUUCACCAAGUUCUGUACCGCCUGAUCCUUAUGAUGAAAUCUCUUUGGGUUCUUCUGACGUACAACUAUCGUGCCCUGCCACUCCAUCUCGCAGAGUGCAAGCUACCGCACUUAGUCCGCUACUUGAAGUCUCAGCUACUGAGGUGGAAUUCUCUCUUAUACAAGGAUACAAUGAUUUAGGAGCUAUCGCAGCAGAUCCAUUUGUUAAGACAAUUGAGAUACAAAGCACUUCCAAUAGAGAGAUAAAGUGGAUGCUAGAUUUGAACAGUCAAGAAGAUUCAGCCCUCGAAGAAGGUACUUUCAGAAUCUUUAACUACAGUGGAAGUCUUAAACCAGGCGAAAUACAUUGUCUUACAGUUGGCUUUUGUCCACGGUGCCCAGGCAAAUAUAUGAGUAAAAUACCCAUGUUUAUUAAAGAGGACAGAACCAUCCCAUAUCGAGUAAUUACUCUGAUUGGCGUUAUACACAUGCCUAAAUUGUUUAUUGAUCCCCCAUUUGUGAUACUGAACCCAGUUCCUUUGGGCACAGAGACGUCAGCGACCGUCCAAAUCACUUGUUUGGACUACCUAAGGUUCAAGUUACCAAUCUCAGCAUCUGCAGAUAAUUGCCUGUUGACUACAUAUAGAUAUAUAGCCCUUCACAAUACAGACCAACAAAUUGUCCUCAAAACUGCAAAUAAUUCAAGCAAGUAUGACAGCAUUGGAAAAGUCCUUCUACAGCCCUAUUAUACCCCUGCAACUUCCUCACGCAGUACAUCUACUAUCACAAAAUUCUCUCCUUCCACUUCUUUGUUUGAAGAAUCUAUUUCAGAUACUUGUGAAAGUGGAGAUUCCAAAGUAGGAAAGAAGGAUACAGAGGACGAAGAUCAUGUUUUAGGCAUAAAGAACAAUUUGGGAGAGCUGUUGUUUUCUGCCGAGAAUAUUACCGAAGAUAUUUUCUAUCAAAAGGUUCUAACUACUGUACAGACUUGGUUCACCCUCUUUGGUUGUUUGAAUGGUAUGAAUCCUAUUUCUAUCCCAGAGUCACUGAGAAGGUAAGUACAGCAAAUGAUAAAAUCAAAGCCCACAAAGCAGAUUGGUAGAGACACAAACACAAUUUAUGACAUGCUGAACCACCUUAGUGGCCAGUGGUUGCCAGGGUUUACUGGAAAGCAGCCAUUGCUCAGUGCCCCAAUGGAACGCUUACUACAGCUGCACUGGCAAUAUUCAACACUCCUCACCUUCCUAAGAGCACAAGGAGCUUGCCUUGCUCAUGUGAAACCUGAAUUCCUACUUGAACCUGAAGAGUUUAAACAAUGGAACCAGUUACAGAAUUGUUCACAGAGCCCUGAAAGCACUGAAAUUUUUAGACUGGGUGAUGAUAUGUUUGAGUCUAUAAGCAAACGUGCAUGGACUGAUACGCUGCUACAGAUUUACAAGGUUUUGAUUCUUUCUCGGUUGACACUGAAGGAUAUCAACAGUAUUUUUAGCGAUCACAAAUACUUGGAAAAUAUCCCAAGAAUAAAUGUUGAGCCCCUUUCCAGCAAUAUAUAUUCCACUGCUGAACUUGUCCUGCUGACUUGGCUCAACCUUCACUAUGAAACAAUGAGAAAUGUGGUGUGGAAAUGUUGCCAGAAAGGUGCUAUACCGCCAACACGCUGGAUAAUUAAUUUUGAUUUAGAUUUGUUGGAUGGUUUAGUGCUAGCAGCUGCUGUGGCUGCUUACUGCCCCCAUCUGAUUCCAACUCAUUUCGAGAAUAUGUACACUUCCCCAGCUGCUCCUGAGCAAUGUCUGCAUAAUAGUCUGGUACUCUUAAAUUCGUUCAAUGCCAUUGGUUUAGAUUUUGGUAUACAGGCCACUGACAUCUCCGAUCCAAAUCCUAUUACAAUGCUUAUGCUGUGCGUUUACUUGUAUGAAAGGCUUCCUAACUAUUGUCCUAAGAUGGCUGUUGAGUUCACUGGUGCCCUGCAUGCUACAAUUGUUAAACAGGUUCGAUUACAAAAUCCCUUCAUGAGACGUAUUGUGUAUUUUGCAACAAUAGUAGGGAAAGAGGCUGCUGGUUUCUCUUUGCCAAAUGGAAAUGAAGUGAUCAUCCCAGAAAGAAGUCACGUUGAUAUAAUUGUGGAAUUCACAAGCCGGUUCAUGAAGGUAGAACAAGCAUUGCUGGUUUUUGCAUCAAGAUUGAGGAAAGGAAUAGCGGCCACCACAACUACAUUUUUAUUAAUGUCACAAAUCAACAGCGUUAAUCCUACUGAUACUUUUAAAUGUGAAUCUCCAUGCUAUGAGCAGAAAACUGUCCAAUUAAACAUAACCAACCCUUUAAAUGGAAAUGGAGAUUUCAGGAUAAUUUUCAUGGAAACCCAGAAUAAUCUUUUUGAGACUGAGGAUUUUAAAUGUAUUGCAGCCUUACUUGAUAAAGUGAAGAUGCAAAAUCAAAAAACUAAUAUAAAGUUUAGUGACUUACAGCCUGAACCAGGUGAAUUUGAGAAGAGUGCUUUUGAAAAUGGAGUGGAUAGUCAAAAUAUGAACCACGAAGUCUCUUUCCAGGCUAAUUGGGUGCCAGAGUUCUUCUGUAAAUCGGGGUCAUUGCAUUUGGAGGCACAAGGUUCUUCAGUCUUGGAAGUUCUUUAUCUUCCCUUUCACACAGGAAAAUGCUAUUGUACAUUUUUCUUAGUAAAUGAGCAGAUUGGAGAAUUUGUCUACUGUCUGGAAGGAACUGGUUGUAUCCCAUUGCCUUCUACUGGACUACGAGUAUUCAGUCCUGAUGCAAUACAGAACUACUGUGCUGCUUCAGGUAAUAAGGAUGCAACAAAAGUAGUUCUAUACUACAAAUGUAAUAACACCUGUGCCUUUGAUCAAGAACUGAAAAUUCCAUUGAUUAAUGAAGCCAAAGAGAAAGCUCUGGCAACCGUAGGGCAGCAACAGAUGUCACAAAUAGAAUACAAACGCAGGAAGAUUGCUGGGACAUUAGAAAGCAGCAGUGUCCGAGCUUCAGUUGCAGCUCUUAGCCCUUGCUGCACCCAGGUGGAACCAACAGAUUGCACAGGGCCAAAAAGUAUUGACUACUCUGUCGAAGUAUCCAUGCCAGGGAACUUUGAAAUUCCAGAUAAAAUAUCAAUUCCUGUAACCAAACGACAUAGGGUGACUGCUAGAUUACAAGAGACAUGUGGAAUUCAGAACUUGAGUGAAACAGAUAAGGAAGAUUCAGCCAUCCUGCCAAUGAAAUUUUUUGCAAAAGGGCCAGGUCGAUACACUUGUCAGAUUCUGCUAAGGUCCCCAUGUGAUAUCCGUUUGUACAACAUUACAUGUGUGGUGAAUCCGGAGGACAACUUUGAAACUGAAUUGGAAAUUGCUGCUUCCACCCACCAAUCUGUCAUUAAAAAUAUUUCUGUGCACAAUGACACCCAAGAAGACUGGAAAGUUAAAGCUAUUCUGGAAGGGAAGGACUUCUUUGGCCCAUCAAUGCUGUACAUACGGGCUUGUGAAACAUCAAUGUACCCAUUAAUGUUCAAACCAAAUUUUGAGUGUGUGACUAUGGGUAAACUUGUCCUGGCGAAUGAAACAGAUGGUACAGAGCGUAUCAUCAACCUCAAAGGGAUUGGCAAAAAGCCUGUGGCAGUGGAUCAUGUCACAAUAGACUGCCAAGUAAGACAGAUUACAAGGAAGGUUUUAAUGGUUCCUAAUUAUACUCAAACCAGGUUGACAUGUAAGGUUGUAUCAGACUUACUAAUAGUGAGUGGAGAACCAUCUAUUACCUUAAAAGCUGGACAAACUGCUCCAUAUUUACUUAAUAUUUUACCAUGGAAAAGGGGAAAGUUCACAGGUGUAAUCUCAUUCGUGGUUGAAGAUGAAGCACCGAAACAGCAGCAGCUCCCUGAGUGCAGUAGCUCAGUGGAAAAGUUGGAUAGUGAACAGCCAGUAACAAACAUGACUUCAAUGGCAUGUGAAGCAAUCAGGGAUGCAAAUUCUGAGAAGAACAAAUUGUACAGAGUUUGGUUUUACUUGGAGAUCAAUGCUGUUCCAGCUCCACCUGAACAGUGUCUCUGUGUAACCUGUGCUGUGCAGGAAGCCAUUGAUGUGAUCAUCCCUAUAAGUAAUCCUCUUCAAGAACCUUUGACACUUGACGUUAUGCUGAAUGGAUCUGGGAUUACUGGAGACAUCUGUUUAGUAAUUGGACCAAAGGAAGUUAUUUCAUAUAAAGCUAGGUACACUCCACAGGUUGUUGGUGAAAGUAUUGGAAGCAUCACCUUCCACUCAGACCUCAUAGGAGAGUUUUGGUAUGAACUCAAGCUCAUUGCAAAGAAGCCAACACCAAUUACACUUCCAGAGCUGCAGUGUGAGCUGGGAAAAUGGAUUUGGCAGGUCAUCCCUCUGGCUAAUUCUACUAUUGAGACUCUGAAAUUGGAAGUAGUCAACAGUAACCCAGGAAUUUUCGCAGUGGAGAUUGACCCUAGAAAAUUUUUAAUUGUGAAUCCUCAGUCUACAGUUGAAGUAUCUGUUCAAUUCUCUCCCUCAACUCUGGGAAAAACCAAUCAUUGUGGAACUAUUAUCUUCAAGUGUCCUCAGUUGGAAGAGUGGACAUUUCAUCUGUCAGGAGUGGGCUUGCUUCCCCAACAGAUGGACCCUGUCAGUAUCAGUGCAUAUGUCAACUCUCAUGCAUCAGUUAUUGUGCCCUUUGAGAACCCCACAAAUGAGCUGCUUCUGGUGGAUGUGGUGCUGACAGAUAAUGAACAGAUCACACACCAUCAAAGUCCUUCAGACCUGCUACAAUGCAUUAACAAAGAGCCUGUUUUCUGCAUUCCACUGAAGCAAAAUCAAGGUAUAUUACUUCCCCCGAAAGGGAAACUGGACAUUCCGCUGGUUUUUGCACCUGAUGAUAUGGUGUUAUAUGAGGGGCUGGUGGUGGUCCAAAUUAAGAAGCAAAAUGGAAGUAGCUGGCCUUAUGAAAUGGGUAAAGUGACCAAUAGCGAACUGAAAAGCUUUUGUCGAUCACAAGGGGAAGGCAUUUCUGGAAUUCGAUGGCUAUAUCCAAUUUAUGGUAUCCCUGAAGCUAUGUCCACAAAACUGUCCCCUGCUGUGAUCCAGUGUCAAGCUAGAAACAGAAAAGAAGAAACAAUAAAAGUAAUUCUGACAGGUGCUGUUCCUGGCCCUUCAUGUGCAGCAGCAAUGAAGACUCAAACUACCACCCCUUAUACUUGCAAUCAAGAGAAGGUUCGGGCUUCCAGUGGUAGGUUACAGACAGGAGAAUUUUUUUAUGAAAUUCAAUAUGAGACAGAGAAGGCCAAAAUUCAGAUGGAAUCUGCAAUUGCAAUAAACUUUGUGGAAAAGGAAUGGGACACAGAAACUGGCAUUGUCACACUGACUUUCAACAUUGUUUUUGCACCAUAUAAACCAAUCAGCCAUUCAGCAAUGCUAAAAGUCCAGUCUGCUACUGGUGGAAUCUGGAAAUUCCCAUUACUGCUGAUUGCCACUGAGCCACAGGUAGAUGAUGUCAUCAACAUUGAAGCAUUAGGAUUAAAUAGGGAGUCCGUGGUUUGCUUUAGGCUUACGAGCCAGACAAGGUAUCCCAUGCCAUUCACAGCACAUUUCCUACCUUGUAGUGAUCAGGAAUUUGUAGUAUCACCUCAAACUGGAGAAUUGCUUCCUCAUGGCUCUACUGGGACUCUAUUUACUGUUGGAUUCACCCCACGUAUGUACAGCAAAAAAUACAAGGCAAAACUGCUGAUUCAGACAAUGGAUAUGCAAUGGAUGUAUGAGAUCAAUGGUUUGGAUCCCCAAUAUACUCCUCCUAACAUUCAGCAUGGAAAAAUCAUCUACACUGACUUCAAGCACCCUGUUUCGGUACGACAACGUAACUUCAUCCAAGAAAAUCUCAAAGUGAUAACAACUGCAGUGUCCUCUCCUCUAAAAGGCGCUCCCCUAGUCACUAUAAAUAAAACAAGUAGAACAAAGUAA